UCACGUUACAAGAAUUUUGACAAACACACACUCGCACUCGCGUAGAUUUUAUUGCAGAUGGCCGAGAGGAUCACGACGUGUUUUUGUGUACUUUGAAAAUAAAUGUUUUUGUUUUUGAAAAUUUAGUGUUUGUGGUGUGAUUUUAACCGCGUGGUGCUGCGGAGGAUUCAAGAGGUGAAAGGCGAUGCAGUGUUAUUUUUGUUUUCUGGGUACUAUUCGAGGAAUUCCUUAAAUGCUUUUGUGGAGCAGAAGACGUGGAAUCAUUAUGGGAGAUGACCCGCCCUACCUGGUUGUGGGCACGGAGGUCAGUGCCAAGUAUAAGGGUGCGUUCUGCGAGGCUAAGGUGCGGAAAGUCGUCCGAUCCGUGAAGUGCAAGGUGACCUUCAAAUUGGGUCUUGGGACUGCCAUCAUCACUGAUGACCAGAUACGAGGUACCUUGAGGGUUGGUGCCACCUGUGAAGCAAAGCACCCUGAAAAGAAGGAGUUUCUGGAGGCGACCAUCAACAAGAUUCAGGACUGCAGCCAGUACACUGUUGUGUUCGAUGACGGGGACAUCACCACCCUGCGGAGAACAGCCCUGUGCCUGAAGAGCGGGCGGCACUUUGCGGAGAGCGAGACUCUCGACCAGCUGCCUCUCACGCACCCAGAGCACUUCAGCAACCCGGUCAUCGGUGGGCGGAAGGGCCGCCGCAGUCGCCAGGCCCACGACGACAGCAGCGAGGAUGAGGAGACGCCGAAGAAAGGGAAACAGAAAGAGGAGAAAGAGGCUGAUAUCGGGAAGGUGGUGUGUGUGGAGCUGGGAGACAAGAAGAAGCAGAAAGACAACUGGUUCCCAGGACUGGUGGUCGCCCCAACCGCUCAGGAUACUGUUCGCAUAAGAGUCCGAGAUGAGUACCUUGUCCGCUCCUUCAAGGAUGGCAGAUAUUUCACAGUUCCGAAGAAAGAAGCGACGCAGUUCACCCGAGAGAUCGGAGCUAAGGUGGACAACCACACGCUGAAGGCAGCCGUGGAGAAGGCGCUGAUGUACCUAGACAAGGAUGAACUGCCACCGCACUGGGACCGUGACCUGUUGUUUGGGCUGGAUGAGAGCAGCGGCAACAGCGACACUGAUGCUGGCUUCGACUCUGAUAGCUCCGAUGAUGAGCCUCGUGAGGAGAAGGACCACUUUGUUGCUCAGCUCUACAAGUUCAUGGAUGAUAGAGGUACGCCCAUCAACAAAGGUCCCAUCAUUGGGUCCAGAGAUGUCGACUUGUACAAGUUGUUCAAGGUGGUCCACAAGUUGGGUGGCUACAACCGCGUGACAAACCACAACCAGUGGAAGAUGGUGUCCCACAAAGUUGGAUAUGGCACCAGUGGUUCUUCUGUGACCAACCUGGUCAAGCAGUCCUACAAAAAGUUCCUACACAGCUUCGAGGACUUCUACCGCAAGCUCGGCUGUACGAUGGUAAACCAUCCACGCGGUCACAGAUCUCGUCACCGCGGUGGGAGGAGCUUAAUAAGAGACUGUGACCGAGCAACACCCAUUCACAUCAACAAGGAGAAAGCCAUCACUCCCGUGUCAGUUCCAAGCACCCCAACGUCAGCGUUUGGUGUGGUUUCUGUGGGCUCCACGCCUGCAUCAGUGAUCUCUUCCGUGCCUUGUGCAUCCGGCAGCAUUGCCUGUGCAGUUGUUGCCACAGCGCCUUCAGUUGAAGUAACUCCCAAAGCAGAAGUAGCUGGCAAACCUUUGGCUGCAACAGAGAAACCUACCCCUGAAAAGUCUCCUCUCAGCAGGAAACCUUGCAUCGUAACAUCUAAAGAUACCAAACCCGGGGCCGACACCAUUUGUUUGUCGGAAAACGUGAUCUCUACACUUAAGUCUGCUGAGGUGGAUGGUUUCACAUCGGACCAAGUGUCCAUCACCUCUUGUGCAAAUGGCGGCAACACCAGUGCGAAGGUCGGCCGGGAUGCUCAGCAUGUUCCCUUGAAAGUUGAGCCUUUUCAAGAGGAGCUUCAACAGGAACUUUUCCCCGUUGAGGUUAAAUCAGUGCCAAAACUUGAGCUCACAGUAGUUCCUAAGGCUGAACCACUUGAAAUCGCAAAGGAUGACAAGCAUCUGCUGACACCUAAAGUGGAGACUAAAGAUGAUAUUUUGAAAGGUUUUGAAACCCUCAAGAAGCAACUUGAAGAAAAUGAGGAGAAGCCAAACAUGCGAGAAGCAAAGAAAGAGGACAAGUCGAAGGAUAAGGAACUGCGUGGCAGAACGCGGGAGACGGCGUGCGAGACGAAGCAAUCGGAGGAGGUCGCAGGGCCGAGUGUGUCUGCCGCCUGUGUAGAGAAGGUUCAGGCAGUGCAGGAGCGAGUGAAGCCUGCUCCAGUGGAGGUCAGUAAGCCUAAACUCCGUGAAGGGGCUAUCAAGGUCAAAGGAAAACUGAAGAAAGGAGGUGUGAAGGGGUUCGCAACGAAAGUUGGCAUCACAGAGAAGAUAAUAUUGAGGAAAAAGCUAAAAGCUAAGACUGCAAAAGAAUUUAAAGGAAAAAUUGUGAUGGAUAAAAAACCUGAAGAUCAAAAAAAAAAAAUUGAGAAGAAGCCUGAACAGGAAAAGGAGACACUGUUAUUAAAACCUAUGAAUGAAUCAUGCUUGCAAACACGAUCCAAAUCUAAAGAAGAUGCGAGGGCAUUGAAAAAAGAAUUGACGCCCCCAGAACGCAAGUCUGCAGAGGUGAAGGUACCACCUCCAGUUCGAGAUACGCGAACACCUGUCCGUGACUCUGUGGAGCGGAUUGAGCGUCGUCCGAGGGAGACCAGAACCCCGAUCAGGGAUACCCGGACGCCCGUCCGGGACACGGUCGAGAGAAAGUUGGCAAUGCGCGAAGCUCCAGAAAAGAAGCCAACUACGCGGGAAGUAAUUGAAAAGAAGUUGGGCAUUCGAGACUCCUCGGAGAAGAAAGCAGCGGUGAAGGACACUCCGGAGAAGAAGCCAGUGCUGCGAGACAGCGGGGAGAAGAAACCAGCUGUGCGGGAAUCAGAGAGGAGACCUUCGGUGCGGGAUGUCGACAAGAAAGUAGCUCCUCGCGAAAUAGACAAGAAAGCUCUGAUGCGUCUCAAGAAGCCGGAUGAACAGUCUCCUCUCUUAAUGCAAAAGAAGCGGGGUAGAAAGCGUAAAGACACAGAAGAAAAUCCUGCUGUUGAGACUCUGGGUUUGCUGCCUAACAACAUUAGGGUAGGCGUAGGUGACAAAUUAAAAGUUUACUAUGGGCCGACUCAAGAGUCAAAGGUGACAUACGAGGCUAAGGUUCUGGAGAUAGAAAUGGACUCGAGUGAAACUAUGUACCUGGUGCAUUACACUGGCUGGAACACUCGUUAUGAUGAGUGGAUCAAGCGAGGACGGAUUGCAGAGAACCUUAGCUGGACCCCAGCUCGAGCCAAGCGACUUCAGCACCAAGGGUCAUACAGCAAGGUGACCAAGCGAUCUUUGGGGAAAAGGGGUCGCCCAUCACUAUCUGGCCGCUCACAGGAGAUGUGUGGGUCACAGCCUCCCCGGUCCACAACACCUUCCUCUGUUACGUCAUGCUCGUCCCGCACCAAAUCGCCAGCCACGCCCACCACCCCACACCUACCUUUGCGUAGAACCCUGCGCAACACUUCAGCAGAGUCCUUGGUGCAAGGGUUUGAAUUCCGUAGGCGCACUCGCAGAUCUUCCGGCUUGACAGAUAUCUCACUCGCAUCAGUGACAGAAACUGAAGAUGAAGAAGAUGAUGAUGAAGAAGAUGAGGAAGAGGAGGAGGAGGAGGAGGAGGAGGAGGAAGAGGAGGAUGAGAGACUACUGGAUCAUGAUGCUCUCCUCGAGACUUUUGCAUUUUCUGAACUUCUUUCUGUUCCUUUAAAAAAUAAAAAAGAAACAGAUACAGAAUCAGAGCCACCCACUCGAAGAAAAGCUCUUAGAAAAGAUGAAGAUGGUGCCAGCAAAAAAGAUGAGCCACCUGCAGAUGAUGUGGAGGAAAAGAAAAGACCAAGAAGAAGUAAAAAAUGUACAUCUGAAAGUGAACCAAACCACUUGACAUCAUCACCAGAUGGGCCAGAUGGAGAGCAACAAGAGAAAGAGAAGAAAAUGGUAUCAGAUCUGAAGGGUGUGAGUACUAGUAGUGAAGCAUUAGGUAAGGGCCCAGGUCUAAGUGAAGAGGAUCAGCAGCCAAGAGGCAGAGAUUUUGAUUUGAAUCAGAUUCGGUCAGAGUUGAAGGGUAUUGAAAGGGCAGUAACCCUCGAGCCAAAUGAUGCACUGGUUCUUCAGACAGAAGACAAGGACAGCAUCUCACCUAUUCUUUCCCCAGCCAAGAUUUCCGAAGAAAGUGUUAUUAAAUGUGAUAGUUUUGACUCUGUAGGGAUAGUUGAGAUUGCAGAGAACAGUUCUUCAAAGUAUGAUGAUAAUUGUGACUCGAGCACAGAGGAUGUGUAUGAGUUCAAAGAGCCAGAACCUUUUGAGUUUGAGGUUCGAACAAAGAGAGAGCUUCAAGAUGGUAGGCGGCCAGGCAGAAUCUUUGAUGAGGUUUUGGAGAGCAGAAGCGAUAAGUCUCCUAUUGCAAGGAAAAGGCCCAGAGUUAAAGUGGAAAGUAUGCCACAGUCGGGAAGUGAAGCGAAGCGUCGUUAUCGCCGCACGGGCACAGUUGGCAGAAAGACAGAUCAGGCGUCAGAGAACAUAAGUGAGGUGCAGUUGGAAGAAGAUGAGGAAACCCUACCCAACUCCAUGUAUGAAGAUGUAUUUGACAAGCUGUGUCAAGUGAAGAAGCCGUGUAAUGAUGGCAAAACCACAUCAGAUGAACUGGGCCCUCUUAGCCUGUUUGGUGAUUUACCUGGUGAAAGUCAAGAUGAUGAGUGUGAAGAAGACAGUGACGACAGGCUAGUCAUAUCUGAAGCAGAAGAAACAACAGUGGAAGGGGAGGGGCCACUCUUCUCUCACUCAAAAUUGUUCCCAAACUUAAUUAGUUCAGAGUCUCCGGCACUGGUGUUGGAGUCUGAGUCAUCGCAACCACUUGACCAUAAGACCCAGGAACCACAGAAACAGUCUCUUGUCACUGAUACCAAUCUUUUUAGCAGUGUUUUCAAAAAUAGCGAUGAAAAACGUAAGGAAAUUUCGGAACGACAAGAUAAAAAUAAAAACACAGCAGAAGAGUGCAGUGCAAAAGACCAUAAUAAUGUAGUUGGUCUUCUUUUACAACCAAAAAUGGUGGAAGACUUUGAAGAGGAUCCAAUUAAUGCUGCAAUACAAAGAGUUUUUGAAAGAUCUCUCACAGAUGAGGACAGCAGUCAAGAUAUAUUUGGGGAAAAGUCUCAACCUGACAAUUUUCAGCUUAUUUUCAGCUCUAAAGAAGCACAGUGUAUUAGAAAGCCGACCUUUGAGGAAGAAGUUUUAAGUGACAGCAGUGACGAUGAAGAAUCACGACUUAUCAUUGCCACAAAAGAAAAUGAAGAUGUUGAGUGCUUGGGAGAGUCUCGAGACGAGACAGUGAGUGAAGGAGGGCCGUCUGAAGAGCCUCAGCUUGAGGAUGAUGAAGCCACCCAAGAUGCUAUUGAGAUUGUGGAGGAUUCAGACCAAGUCACUUGCAAAACAGAAUUCAAGGAGGAUUCGGAAAAUGUCAACCAGCUGAAACUGGAAGAUGAUGUUAAAUCAGAAGAGCAAAACCAGGACCAGAAAGCUUCUGUUUUGAAGGCGUGGCUACAAGACACUGUACGUGCAGACUCAUGGCUCUAUUCCAGCAAUAGGAGUCAGGACUUAAGCUCAGCAAAGGUGGAAACUGUAACGGAAACUGUAGGGGCACACAAAAAUGUGGUAAAGCAAGAUACAUUAAGGCAUAAUGAAGAUGUGAAGUCAGUGCACAGCAUGUUGAUAGAGACUGUACUGGGCAAGACUGUACCUGAUGAUGUUGAGCAGGCUAAGACCUCAACCUUGGACACUCUGGGUGAAAAGCCAUCAUACUUAGAAGAAACUAAGGAGCUAAAGGAGGAGCCGAUGGCAGUCCCUGGAGUGGCCAGGGAGGAUGUGGCACCGGUGCUGCAGCCAGAGGCAGGCAAGCUGAGCGGAGAGGACAUGGACACAGGGCUGUGCUCACUGCUCUGCGAGGAAACCAUCCCAGGCAGCCCCCCCACGCUGACCGCGGAGCAUGACUUGGCCCUGCAGGAUGGAAAGAUACUGGAGAUGCCGUUUGCUAGUGCUCCUGGUAGCAAUUGCGCCCCGUCAUCUGUAUUCACCCCUGUGGAGUUUCCUGCAGCGGGUGGGCACCCCGUGCCAUCUCCUAGCCAAGCCCCUGGCAAGCGUGUGUCGGGGGAGGCUGCCCCGGUGCUGGACAACACUCCGCCGGCUACGCCCACCAGUUCCUUGUCCACAGCUUCAGGCUCGCCUCGCACUGAGCCUGAGAGGUUGUCCCCCAGUCUUGACCACGACUCUACGUUUCGCCAAGGAGCCUUCACCAUCGAAUUGGAAAACAGGACGGACAAUAAAACUGGACAUUAUAGUGAAGAAGACUCUCUUCUGAACAUAGACAUGUCCAGCUCAAGUGAUGCCAGACUAGGGAAGAAAGGCUCAGCCGAGCAGGACAAAGAGUCAUGUGAGGCGGUGGGUAAAAAACGUCGCCACAGCCGAAAGAGGUCGGAAUGUGAGAACAAGCGAAGCCGUCACGUUUCCAGUCGCAACCAUUUAGGCGGUAGUGACAGUGACGACACGUCAGAGAACUCUGCGGCAGGUUCCACCCCACCGGUUAAUCCUGCAGACAGUCUGGUUUCCCGUUCACCACGUCCUUCCAAGUACAACUUCUAUGUUGAAUUGGACCCGCACAUGGACGGCAGCCAGCGGAUAGCCCUGCUGCAGCAGAACCUGCAGGAGCUGCGCAAGGCCUACAACUCAGUGAAGACUGAGCUGGCGUCGAUCGACCGCCGCCGCAAGAAGCUGCGCAGGAGGGAGAGGGAAGAGAAAGCACUGAAGCAGGAGGUAAGUUGUUCGUGAUUGGUGAAGAGCCGCUCAGCUCUACUCUCUCAGCACAGGCUGCAGUCGGCCAAUAGCAGCCCGGCCCCAGCGGUAUUUCAUUUUACUAUGUAGCAGAUAAAUGUUUAUAACCAAACUAACACUACUUGCAUUUUACGUACUGAAAAUAUACGAAUCAUUUUAUUAUAUUUUACUGUGCCGACGUUCAAUGUGUGUGCCUGUUUAUAGGAUAUUUUAAUUUAAAAUGACUUGUGACAUUUUAAAUAAAAGUAUUAUAGAGAGAAAUUUAUUUUGUUGUGGAUCUGAAGUUUUCAAAUAUUCUUUCUUUUUUGUAAAGUGUCUUCAAGAUUGUAUGUAGACUUAAUGCUUAUGUAUAUUGUACAUGUUACAGUUAUGGCAUACUGAAAAGUAUUGAAUGUAAGUUUUAUAAAUAUGUAUAUCUAUUUUUAUUCAAAACUGACAUUAAUUUUAAUUUUUGAAAGUUGGAAUUGUGAAAUCAAGUAUUGCAGAAAUGUUGAGAUUUGUAUAUUAAGAAAGAUUAUAUUGCUAUCAGUACUGAAUAGUUAUUUAGUUACUUUAAAGGUCUGGAGUAUAUUAUUAAAAAUUGACCAAAAUAUUUUAUAUUUUUAAUGAAAGUAUGACUGGAAAGUUCUUGUUUACGAGGUUGUGUUUGUUUUGUAAGAAUUUCUGUUUUGGUUCAACAAACCUAGGAUAGGUAACAGGUACAGUGAUAAUGGUUAUUUAUCCUAGAAAGACAAGAAUAGCAGUUCUAUAUGGUUUAGGAAAUGUAAUAAACUUUUCAUGUUCUAAAUUUGUCUGAGAGUAGUUAUAUUGAGGUCCAGUCUAGGUAGCUGUUGCAUGCAAUGUGUUACAUACAUACAUGAACAUUAAUGUGUACAUGACGGUAAGUGUACUAUGUGUUUUUCAUUGUUUACAUUCAACAGUGGUCCCAGCCCCAGGUGAGAGGUCUGUCUAGUUUCAGGGUUGCUGCUGAAGUCAAUUUCCGCGUUCUUUUCACCUUUGUGUCCCUGUCAAAAGCUUUGGCAAUCUGACAACUGGAAACUCGUGCCACUUGUUGCUGGUUUUUUACUUUUGCAAACCGUACAGGUUAUGAAUGUAGCUUUCUCUUUCAACAUAACUUAGGUACUCUAUUACAGAUAUAUUUUUAAUAUAUAUAUAUAUAUAUAUAUAUAUAUAUAUAUUAGUGAUGGUUCGAAUCCCAUUUUUCUCGAAUCCGAAUCUUGAAUCCGAAUCCCAAAAAGUACCUCGAAUCCACCCCUCGAAUCCGAAUCCAGUUCUCAAGGGUUAAUUUUAAAAUAAUUUAUAAGUUAAGAGAAAAAAACUAAACAUUAUGCAGAAUUAUUUAACCCUUUAAAUUUUUAUUUAAAAAAAACAAGGAUUUUGACACGGUCUGGAUCAAGACGAUUCCGUUUUUGUUCACAUGUUUCUUGCAGUGCUGAACAAACGUUCAGAGAAUACUGUCGCAGGUGGUGAACACAAAUAUUUUUUGGACAGUUUAUGUAGCCUGGGUGAACACGCAGACUGAGUUUUCCAGUAUUUGAGAAUGUUUAUUUCUGGGUUAACUGUAGGAUCAUGUAAGAAUCUGGUCACUUCAUCAAUUGCUGUAGAAUCCGACUUGGUGGAUUUAAGGCAUUCAAGUAUUAUCUGUGAGUACAGUGAUUCAUGUAUCCACGGAAAUCGGAAAACGAAAUUCAACAUCCGACGCAACAAUAUUUUGUAGUUACCAACUUGACAUUUGUUUAAAGUCCCAAAUGAAGGUAAACGCUUUCCUGAAAUAUUUAAUGGAUACUGAAAGCCGUCAUCUUGGCUUCAAUGGUUGUAGGCCAUAAGAAAUAUUGAAAUGCGUCUUUUAAAAUUAAGCCUCACUAAAGCAUAGUGAUUAAUAUGCCCGAAGUUAAAAGUGACGGGGUGUGUUCUCUAGUUUACCCAUUAAAAUUCUUUAUAUUAAAAUUAGUUAUUUUUUAUGUUGCUCAAAAUGAUUGGCUAACAAAUUCAUUGGUUGGCCAUUAUGGAAUUCUCAGAUAAUACAUAUUUUAACGUUGGUAGUCUACACAAACCAAACUUGGUCCUAAAAAAAUUCAUUAAUAGAACGUGUAUCAGAAUAUUUAAAAUUGAAUUGCGAUUAAAAUAAUAAUUGUAUAAUGUAUUAAUUUUUGUCAUUCGUUAUUUCAUUGUUAUUACUACAUGUGCGACUGUAACUUGUGAUGAAAGUCGGCAUUAUUGUUGUAUUACUAAGUAACAGAUUUCUCGGUUAAGUUAUUUAAAAAAAAAAAAAAACAAGAUUCAUAUUUAGUCUAGAUCCUAAAUGUGCUUUAUUUUAUUUUUUAGCAUAUUCUCAGAAUACAUAUGUGAUUUAUGCCUUAUUUAAUGCCAAUGUAGCGACAAUGCAUCCAUGUUCAUGAAUAUAAAGUAAGUUUCCCAAAUCAGUACAUGCUUCAUAAUUUUUUUUAAAUAAUAACGAAUUAAAAGUACAAUACAGUACCUCAAUAGGAUGUGUUCCAAGGAAAACGUAAACAGGCCAAGUAAAUUGUAAGCAUUUAAGUUUUUAAAGUACUACAUUUACAUCAAUAUUUUUCCUCGGUGGGAUUCGAGGAUUCGAGGAUUCGACCGGCCCAUCCCUAAUAUAUAUAUAUAUAUAUAUAAUAUAUAUAAUAUAUAUAUAAAAUAACUACAGUAGUUAAUGUAGCUCUAAAUUCUUUUUAAACACAGAAUUGAUAUUUCUGUUACUUUCCUCAACAUGUCUGUUAUGUCACCAUGGUUAUUUUAUAGACAAAAACUUCUGAAUUUUCUACUAGUUGAUUUUUUUUAAAUGCUUUUUUAUAUUCUUCUGCCACAUAAAUUAUUUGUAUGAGCAUUUUGAUAUUUUACUAUCAGUAAAAGUUUUAAUAUGAAGAUUAGUUAGACCGUUAUAUAUAAAUAUGACCUUUCAGGUUAUUGACAGUAUUUCAUAAAACAAUUUUCAUUAAUAAUUAUUCAAGUUUACUUCUCAGAAAAUGUAAAGCAAUAUAUGUAUUUGUAAAGCUAGUAUGGUAAGGUAUUCUUUUUCUCACCACCACCCACACAUUAUUACCAUGUUUAGCUUAAUGCAUAAUAUUAUAAAAGCUAAUUGACAAUAAAUAAUUAAGUUUGUGUACAAGUUCGAAAACUAAUACGUAGUUACUUUUUUCUCCCCCGUGUUUCCAUGAGAUACUUCUGUAUUAGUGAUGUGUCGGUGUCAGUUCUUUACUCUGUUAAGCCAGUUCUAUGCAAUUGAGCUGACAAAUUGUUACUACAUGAUACUAGAUAUUGCCACGCCGCAGGAUCUAGCCACCGUGUCGCUCUAUCCAACCAUCUAGUGAGAAGCUGCCUAUGUGCUAGGUGACUUGUUUGUGGUCAGAUUAACAUAAAUUGAAGCACUGAUAAAUCAUGUUGAACAAAUAUACACCAUCUAUCAGGAAAUUGAUGGGAGGGGGGGAGAGAGAGAGAGAGAGAGAGAGAGAUCAAGAACUGAGACCUAGAGCUGAACUGAGAACCAAGGAAAACAUAGAACCAACAGUUCAAUGUUUUGUAUAGUUUAUUAACUUGUAGCAGCUUCCUUAAGACUGGUCCUUAAUGAUGUUACAAUCUGUUAUGUAUGAGACACAAUGUUAAGGGCUUUGAAGAGAGACUGACUAGCGGCCCAGUGACACACGUACCCACAGUCUGCCGUUGCCUGUGAAUCUCUAGUCAUGUUAGGAAUGUUGGUAGCCUCCUGCACUCGUUCAAAUACUCACAGGUCAGCAUUCCCAGCUACCUGGAUACAUUGCACUGUUGUUUGCCUUCCUGCCCCAAUCUUGUUCAUGUUUUUCAUUUAUUGGUAUGGUUAAUGUUGAUAGUACUGUGUAUUUGGACUGUUGAAUCAAAUGGCUUGUUUCAAUUUUCAUUACCAAGAUAUUGAUUUAUUUUGUGUGGCCAUGUUUGGACUGUUUUAAACAUUUGACUUCGUUUCUUUCCUACACAUGUGAUUUUUUUUAUACAAAAAUCAUUCUUUUAUCCAAAAAUCAUUAUUUUAUCCUAAUUAAAAUAAAUUAAAUAAUAUAUUUAUGAAGUUGUGAUUGUUGGGUUUAUAUAUACAUAGUUGAUUCAUGGGGUGGAGUUCACAGUUCUGGUUAAGUUGCUGCAUUUUGUUUUGUUUUGCAGUUUAAGAAAGGGUAAUACAAAAAUGUUUGAUAACAUUGUUGGAUAUUAUGGGCAUACUGAACAAAAUUAUGCUAAACAUUUGUGAUAAAUUAAGUUGUAUAAUCAUUCCUAUAUUCUCUUCUUGAAAUGAAUUUUGUGUGAACCCGCAAAUUUCAAGAAAUUUCUUUCAUGUGCUUAUAAGCAAUGAAAAAUAUUCUUAUACAAUAUGAAACAAUUAUGUUGUCUAAUGAAGUACAUUAAAUUUGUAAUCAUUGUUUGAUUGUAUUUUAAUAUGGAUCUAAAUUUGAAACAUUGAUAUUUAAGAAGUUAUUUUAGCACUUGUGUUAAAGGUUAGAAGGAUUGUAUUAUUAUUUAGAUUUGAACUACUAUUUAAAAAUUGUUGUCCAUCUUCAAUAUUAUAAUGUUUUUGAUGACUAAGAGUGAGUAUGACUAUUCUUGAUUUCUUUGACUUUUCAUAUGGUUAUAUAAGAAUUUUAAUAUUCAAUAAAGUUUAUAAAUUUUAUCUUCUUGAAUUUUAUUGAUUAAAACGAAAAUACCUAGGUUUUUUUUCAGAAGUAACUAUGUAAAUUAGUAAUAAGAUAGCCUUGGGUCUUUUUUUAUAGGUACAAUACUGCUUCUUAGGAUCCACGUAUUUGAUUAGCAAAUAUUAAUAGGAAAACUAAAGGUCAGGUUAACUAAGAGGAUUAUUGUUCAUUCUUACUAUAAUGAAUGGGUUGCUUAAAAGCUGAAAAGUUAUAUGUGAUGAUGAUAUAUAGUUUCAGAUAAUAUUAUUAUAUCACUUAGUAUAUUCACAGCCUUUACAGAGCAUUUAUCACAAUGUUGUUUAGGUGGCACUUAACUUCAUCAUAAGAACUGCCUUACCAAUGUUCUUUAUGUAAUCAGCAAUUUGAUAAUGCUUUAGUUGUGCUAAAGUACCUAUGUAAAACAUUUGUGUGUAACAAACAACUACAGUUUUGCUUUACUUUAAAAAAAAAUAUAUUCUCUCACUUUUUUUCACUCAAAUUUUAAAAGUAUAAAUUCUUUUGUUUGAGACUGCAACAAAUCUACCUUAUUUGUAGGCAUGUGCGAAGGUUUCUUUUUAAAUGCGAAGCGAAGUCGAAGAGAAGCUUAUAUUGUGCGAAGGAAUGUCGAAGGAAAAUCGAAGUCGAAGGAUUUGAAAUAACAUAAUUUUUAAUAUUAAAAAAUUGUUACAUAUUUAUGUUUCAUCAUGAUUAUAUAGACUAAAGAAAAUUCCAUUGUACCAAACAUCUUCAAAAAAUGUAUACUACAUAAGUACUGUCAAAUGUCUUAAUCCACAGGACAAAUAAGUACUUUUCAUUUAUUUAAAAUUUGUAAUAUUCAUUAUUCUGGUUUUCAUUAGUAAAGUUAAAUUCCACCUGGCUUUGAAACGUGUGAGCCAGCCAUUUGAGGCUUGAAAAUUGUCAAUUCCAAGCCUUAGUGCCUCCAUUCGUGCUUUUUCUUGCAGUGCUGUAACCAAGAUGGGUAUUUUAUUAGAGCGUGCUUGCACAAUCCAAUCAAAAAGAUUUUUGUCAAGGUCACUAUCGAUACAAUUGCUAUAUCUUUUCCUCAUCUGGUGCAGUUUUGCAGCAUUUUCUUCAAUUUUUUCUCUGUUUUUUACUAUUGUGGACAGAGUUGUAGGUGCAAUAUUAAAGCGUUUUGCAACAGCACACUUUUUUCUUGCAGUUGUCAACAGCUGUAAGAAUCUCUAGUUUUUUGCAAUGCUGAUACCCACACGCUUUCGGGUACUCAUAACUUCUACGGGUAGGCCUACCUACAUAUGCUGCCCUAAUACACUUAAUAUUAAACAUAUAAACAGGUUAUCCACGUUGUCAUGUCGCGUCGCCAUUAAACAUGCUUCACGAAACGUCACAAAAUGUUCACUAGCAUCGGAAACGUGCCACUAGAUCUGUUAAAUAAAUGUUGUAUACGUAUUACAUUUGUGUACGAUUGCGAAAGAUGUCAAUCUGAAAUGAUAUUUACAAACAAAUUAUAGGUUAGGUCAUCGUAACAGAAAACAAACGGUAAAAAAAACGCGUUAGUAGUCGUUGGCCAUCGUAUAAUCCACGUUUUAUGUACCUAGCCAGAUAUGGCCGCCAUCGGUCAAUAUCCAUUGCUACAAAUUCAAACGCGAAAAUACACAUUUUGUAGGAUAAAUAUUAUAAUCGAAUCUUUUUUUUUUUCUUAAUUGAAAAAGUUAAGCGUUUUUUAUUUAUAACUGUUGAUUAUUCCGCAUAAAUGUUAUGUUGUUACACCAAUCACACAAAAAACGGACACUUUUUUUAUACAAAUGAAUUUUCUAUCCGCACGGUUACCAGCACUGCAACUGCCAUUUUACUCAACGAAAUAAAACGUCUGUAAACAAUUUCCACAAGACCUGUCGUUAAACAAAGCUAUAGAAUUGUGGAUGAAAUGAGAAAAUGUUUAAUAUUUUGUGUAUUAAUAUCGGCAAAACGAUACGUAUUAACGAGAAAUUACCGUCCAAGGCUUUGAAAAACGUACGUUAUAUAUUUAUUAUGCCUAUUAAUUUGCAUGGCGUUUCAAGAGACCGGCGGCUUUAUACGUUAUACUGGAUUGUACGUUAACAAGAGGGACGAACUAGAGAGAAUUUGCUGUAUACAUAAUCGGGAAAUUACCCGCCGCAAAUAUAUUUUGGCAGUAUAUACAUAUUGAUCCAAAUAGUGGGCCAAACGUUUCUGGCAAAAAUCUUCGACUUUUCCACUCGAAGUUUAUUUUUGUCGAAGCCAAAGUCGAAGGAAAAAAAUAUCUUCGAUUCGACUUCGAUUACUCGAAGCUUCGCACACCCCUACUUAUUUAUUUGCAUAAGUCUCAUUACAAUUUGAGUGACUAUUUAUCCUGAAACAUAAGGUGCUUAGAUUAUGCAUUGAAGCUUUUCCUCCUAAUGAAACAGUAUGUUUCUAUUUUAUAAGCAAGGUAAAUAAACUUAUAUACAAGAAGUACUUUUGUAAUUUUCACAUGCCAUAAUGAUACUGUAUUUACCCAAUAUUAAUGUACUUGAAUAUAAGUUUAUGAAAAAUACAAAAACAUAGAUAUUUAAAAAAUAUUUAAAUUAGUAAAUUAUUACGAUACUUACUAAGCCUUUCUGAUGCCGCGUUUGUCAGUAGAGUGAUUUACAUGGGCUUUUUUUAAAACAGUAACCUGCAAUUAUAAAUUGCAUUGAUCAUAAAGCAAAGAAUGCUGCAAUAUGUGAUGUGUGGUGGUCGCAGAGGUAUGGAAAGAGAAGGGGAAGGAGGUGCCUUGGCUAGCAGCCACAGUGAAUGGACGCAGAAGUGAAGGGAACAAGCGACAAACUCCAUUUGAAGUUCUUGCCCUCCCCUUCACAUUCCCAAUUGUUAUCCUGUCUCAACUGUCAUGCCAGCUAACACCUUCGCCCCCUCAACAUGGUUCAGAAAGUCAUGAACAUGAGUGGACUAUAGUGGCGUAAGUGACGCAGUUUACACUCAGCGUGUGAGUUUUUCAACUAAGCAGAGGUUCAGGAGGCAUUAAUCAACAGCGGUCUCAGAGGCUUAAGUGAUGCAGUUAUGAAGCAGAGCAUGUAGUUUUUCAACUAAGCAGUUCCCAUUGGUGUUAUUUCACAGUCUUCCAGAUAUGAGUGACAAGUUUGCAAUUACAAUGCGACCCCCACUUUUAGUUUCAGCAGUUUUGGUAUCACCACAUUAUUUUCAGUAAAAUACAGUAUUGUGGUGUAACUCAGUAAAGAUCAUUGCAGCUAACACCAGAUGGUGGUAGCUGGCCACCGAGACAGCACACUAGUUAAUCAACUGUGUGUGCCAGGCCAUGUGGAAAAAGUGCGGUGAUAUUGCACCAUGUGUGCAUCUCGUAAUAUCACAGGCGAGGGAUAGUGUAAUGCCACCACAUGUCUUGACAUGUGCUGAUGGAAAGUGUUGGGACUGUUCAAGCACAUCCACUACUUCCCGUGCCUUGUAUAGUGCUAGCUGGCAGUUCACAUGAAGGCUCUCCUCCACUACUGCAGUUACUUCUCACAAGGGCGGACAAGCAUGUGUUGCCUGCUGAGUAAGUCGAGGGUUUGUACAUUACGCAGUGGUGGGGCUUAUGUGAGAAUAUGGUAGCAUUAGCAAAAGCAUUAAUGCCAUGUUCAAAUAGGUCCAGAAAGCAUCAUCUGAUAGUAAUUACUGUGAUCAGUUCACUGUGGACAAUUUAUUUUGUAAUAAUUUUUUUUCUUCAAAAGUGAUAGAAAAUAAUUUACUCCUCAUUUUUCAAGUAUCUCAUUAAAAUAUUUUCUUUUGAAUUGGGCUUACUUAUUUAUUGUUAAUUGAUUCAAGCAAAAAGCAGUGGUAUAGUGAAAUCUAUGUAUUUACAAUAUACUAUCUAAAAAAAAAACACAAUCGUAGUACUUAUUAAUGAUGUAUUACUUUAUAUUUAACUGUUAAAUUAAAUUUUCUGAAGGGAUCUAAAAUAUAUAUGUACUUUUGAGUGAGAAAACCUUAAAAGUGAGGUAUUUUGUAAUACAUUGUAGCAACAUUUAAGAUUGUCACUGUACACUGGUCCAAUAUGUCUCUUAUGAUUGUUAUUUGAGGGAUAAAGUAAAAUAAUGCCACAAUUUUUUUCUGAAUGAAUAUAUUGUAGAUAAUUGCUAAGCUCAAAAUAUCUAGCUAUAUUUGGCAGUAUGUUCUUUACUGGUUUAGUUUCUUUGGUUAACUUGGAUACCAAUAUUUUAAAUAAAAAACCCUUAGGGAGGCAGACACUUUACUAGCAAUUAUAUCUUCCUCAGUAUGGGGAUAAUUCAUGUCUGUGGAAAGUACACUGCAUGAUUCAAAUCAAAAUUAUUACAUGAUUCUAUGAACUAUCGUGAUCUCAAGCCAGUAACAAAAUGAAAUAUUAGUUUGAAAUUAACUAUGUUAAGUUUUGAUUGUUUUGAAUCAAUACUAGCAAUCACAAUAAAAUCACAAUCUAAAUAAUUUAGUUAAAAGUAAACAAAUUAAUGAUCCAGCUGGCUCUUAGCAUUUAACUCUUAACCCAAUGAAUUCCUGGGUAUAUCGAAUAAACAGUUCCUCCCUCUUAGGUACAAUUUAAAUAUUUAUGAAAUCCAGUUGUUGAAAUUAACUGUUAAAAGUGAACAAUAUACAUGAACAAACAAACUUACCUAAACAUAUAAAAUUAAGCAAAGACACAAAUGCUCAACAAAUAUACCACACUUUUUAUGGUGAGUACUGAAGUUUGUAGGUGCAUGUAAUUAGAGUUGACAAUACACUCCUCUUGAACAUAUAAUUUCUGCAGUCUGCUUUUAUACAUCAGAUAACAGAGUUGUAGUUAAUCCCCUGUUUCGGCUCACUACUGAUACCAGCAUACAGCGAUCUCUUGUAAUGUCACACUCCAGGGGUAAGAGUGGAGCCUCGAUUCGGACACUGCUUCUGCACGUCGACGUUCUCAUUUAACUGUAGUUAUCAAACGUAGUGUAAAUGAUCUUACGAAACACGAUGUAGCAGCUAUCAUGACUGAAGGCUUCUCAAAACUUCUGGAAGUUUGUACAAGCAACAGUUCUCUUGUCAGUGAGCAAUGGCCUAUUUAUAAAACAAAGUUUGAAAUCGUCUAGUCCUCUGUGAAUUUACCUUCAUACACUAUGCUUUGGCUCUUAUGGAUGUAUCUUUACAUUUUACAACUGAAACAUUUUUAUAGGGAUGUGCGAAUCCUUGAUUUUCAGUUCGGUUCGAAUCCGAUUCGAAUCCCUGGUAAUAUUUGUGAUAUGAAUCCGAUUCCGAAUAUUAAGCACAGAAUAACUAAAAAUAACUCAUUAAUUUAAAAAUAAUGUGUGUUCUCUUUUUUCUAACUGUAACUACUGGCAAUUAUUUAUUACACUGAGAUCGAAAUGUGUAUAAUUAUGUAAACUUAAUUAAUAAUAAACACUUUAAAAUAUGAAAACCAAAACAUAUUCGAUUCUCCAACUCAAUCAUAAUAAACUGCACGCCACAGGGAAAUCUCAGUUUUAAAAAACGUUUCAGCAAACGAAACCAUUUUUUCUCCAAUAAAUAGCCAAGACUUUUUUUUCUUGUAGGUAUGUACCAUAUUUACUCGCAUAUAGGUCGGUCACUGCAUUUUUACUAGAUUUGAUGGGGGGGAAAAAAGUGCGACCUAUAUGUGAAGAAAAAAAUUUUAAAAUUUUUGAGGAAUUUUUUUUGCAAUACAGUAGAAUCCCGCCAAUGCAACCGCCCUCUGAUGCAUCCAUUCUGUUUAUACGACCGUUUUUUUGAGAAACCGUGAAAAAUUUGAGCAGAGAAAGUCGAAAAUUUUAGUAAAAUCGGCUGAAAAACAAGUCUGUUACACUUUAUUGGGCGCUAUGUGUUCACGUUUAUCUUGGCGAGAGCUGUACUGUAAGCAGGCAGGCAUACAAAAGACGGAUAAAAAUAGAUACCACCCCUCUAGACUGUCCACGCGGCAGUGUCUAGCCGAGCUCGGCGCGUCCACUAUCGCACGAAAAGCCGUCUCAGCUGUCAUGUUAUCUUACCCGCCUGCACGAAAAGCCACUUUCUGCGUGAGAAACUGUCAGCAUCCUCCUCCCCUCCCGCACCGCGUGCGUCAAAAGACAGGUUGUAUAGUCCAUUCUCGGUAAAAUUAAUAUUUUUAUGGGCUUAUACGACUGUCCUUCGCCGUUAAUGAAUACUUUAUAAGUUUAAGUUAUUAUGAUACUAUUUUUUUAUUAGUCACAGCAGUUUCUGCUGAAAAAUCACUAAUACCUCGAAUUUAGCAGGGCCAUAAAUAUAUUUAUUUUACUGCAUAGUUACUUUUCCAUCUGCAUUCGGACGUGUUUUUUUUUUCUCUUUUUUUUUUUACGCUGUGAAGGGUUGUGGAAAAGAUAAUUGCUUGAGCUGUCAAAAUAAACAUCGCUGACGGCAAGGGCGGGAGCGCAUCCUGUCGGUCUGUCGUGAUUAUCUACUCCAAAAACAUGUCACAGCAUUUCAGGAUAGCAUUGUUCUUAUAUCUUUCGUUUAUAGCCGAAUGUUUUCUACCUGAUCCACACAAGUUCCUUCGCCACGUUUUGAACGAAAAUAACAACCAGCCGGCUAGCAUAGCCGAACUUGCGUGACGUGAAUUCACUUAGCGAGAGUAUUUAUCGGAACCCAUAACGAAAACCACUGUAGAUAUAAAAAAUCAUGACCGGCCUUUUUCAUUCGUAAUUAAAUUUACUACAACUUUUAUUCUGUGCAUUUUUUCAUUACAAAGCACUGUUUUCGAGUUAUAGUCUACAACUAAGACAUUUUAAGAAGUCAGGAAUCUAACUUGACUUCAAUUUUCUAUAUUCGGUUAUUACGAGUACUUGUUGUUACAACAAUUUAUCACGCCAUUAUCAGCCUCUCGUAGUAGCGGAGUUUUACAGUACCCGUUAACUCUUUCGUGCACGGCGCGCCGGCCGUUCGCGUCAUUAAAUGACCGGUGCGACCUAUAUGGGGGGAAUCUUAAAUACCAAAUUCAAGACCUCAAAUUAUGGGUGCGACCUAUAUGCGAUGGUGACCUAUAUGCGAGUUUAAGCUCACGAAAUCUCAAAAUUCUAUUAAUCUCACUGUGUUAAUUAUUAAAUUUUUAUAUCUUUCUCUGAUACAUCUUAUUAUAAAUACUUACGUAAUAGUAGCCUAAUUUUAUUUUUCACUGCUAGUAUUUUUGAGCCGUAUUAAAUUAAUUUAUAACUUUUGUGAAUAUUCAUAAUACUGUUCGAAUCCAUGUACGUACAACGAUUCCGGGUUCGGGUAAUUGUGGAUUCAAACCGUACCCGAAAAUAUCGGGUACUCGCACAUCCCUACAUUUUUAUCAUAUUUUACAAUAUCUAAUCACAUAAAUAAAAUCUGUAAGUGGCCUUACACUGGCAACAAUUUUUAAGGGAUUGUGGGUAUUCUGUAUUUCUCUCUGUUUCGUGAGUGAUGCCUUUUGUGCUGUGGAAGCCUGCGGUAAAACCCACACUUUGCAUUCAGUUAACUUUUACUUUUAUUUUAUCACUUGCACUUACGAAAACAACACAAGAAAAGCUCUUAUAAAUAAUAUUUAAACUGGUUGUUCAUUACACUGGUACUUUUGGAGGUUCAUUAAUAAGUUAUUGUCAUGCAUGUGAAGUUGCAUUCUACAUAAACUUUUAAUCUUAUGACCCCUGAGAAUAACUAGUUUUUAAAAGAUAGAGUGGCUCAGCUAAAGGAGAAAAACCAAACACUGUUUGUCAUUACAUGAUGCUCACAUAGAUUCCAUUGCUCAAAAUUUGAAUGUUUGUUAGUUUUGAUGAUGCCAAAAUUUUUCUGUAUGAUUGCAUACAAAUCACAUUUCACAAAUAAGUUCCACGGUUACUUUGCAUUGGCAGUACCACCAAGGACAAACGUGUCCUUGGGAUGACAACCAAAACAACAUUAGUAAAGCUCCAUCGUGGACUGAGUGCCAACUACCAUAGUCACAUAAUAUCUAAUUAAUAGUUCCCAAAAAGAAAGCUUACAUACUUGGCACUACCCGGACAUAGCAGUUAAAUUGAUCACUGAAUGCAUAAUUGUUUGUUGGCGGAAGCCACUGCCUGACUGCCUACUUUCUCCACAUCAAGCAGAGAACUACAGAAGUGAUGCAACUACAUCCAACCACGCGGGGGCCCGUAUCCGUAAGUCAGUCACAACACAGCUUCUUCAUACAAGAACACAGAACCACACCAAUUAAGUUACCCUUGCAUCUAGACAUUUCUGUAAAAAAAAAAAAACAUAUAAUACACAUACCUUUUGAUUUGCUGUCUUUUGUGGGAGCUAACACCUGCUGUUUUUUUCCCAUCAUAAGAAAUGUACCCAGAAACACCAGAACGUCUCUGAAACUGAUAAACGUCUGAUCUGCCAGUGUCCUGUCCUUACUUUACCAAAGCAAUACCUAACUUUUCUAGAAACACUGUGAAAACUUCUAAAUGAACACAAACUUUAAAAACCAUAUUUACAUCAAAUAAAAUGUUGAAAAAUAGUUGAACUCAAAUAGUAACUAACCUAUCAAACAAUGUGAAAACCAGUAAAAAAAAAAAAAAGGUAAAUGGCUGUUCUAAAUAAAAUAACUGAACAUCAGAAUUAAUUACCAUAAUAUUAACCACAGUACAAUAGAAAAAGCAAAAACUAUGUGACUAUGACCGAGCAUGUUAUCCAUACAAAGUCGCUGCUGGUAGGGGAGAGGCUAGAACUGCUAUCACUCGGCGCUCUCCAUGACAAACUGGCACCACUUCAAGCUGACAUUCCUUUCCCUGGGAGUUCUGUUGCUUCUCUUCCCAGGAUUGUCUGGCUGUCGUUUAUAAACAUCAUGUGCAAAUUGUGAAACACUGUGUCAGGAACUGUUAAUGUAUAAGAAAACAGGUACAAAUUAACAUAAACAGUCUUAAAAAUUGAUACACAGAAUCUUGCUGACUCUCUCCUGCUGUAUGUAUGUGUGUGCAGUGAACUACAGAAAACUGAUUAUUUUUCUAUGAAACUUUUUAUAGUGAUAUAUAGGAAAUUACUGCUAGUUUUUAUUAUUCAGGAAGCAACAAUGCCUACGGGUAUGUUUUUAUUUAAAGUUAAUAUAUGUGUUGCUAUGUAUUUUGUUCACCAGUUGUGGUUACAAUUACUUUUUGGUACCAUGUAAAUAAUUUUGGAAAAGUAAUUUUUUGUUUUACUUUGCUUUAUUAAAAAAAAUUCAAGUUUAAAGGUCAUAAUUUCAGAAUUGUAGACUUCUUGAUCUGACAUAAAUUCGGCAUGUUGUGUUGUGUUACUAAAGUACUAUUUGAAGGUCACAAAGCUAUCUUUUGUGGUCAUUUGAUGUACCUAUGACUAGAGACUGAGAAAUAGCAUUUAUAAUUUUUGCUUCUAACAUAUAUAUUUGGGAAAAAUUUUUACUUUACAACAAAUGUUAAAAAAACUGUAUGAUGAAUGAUACAAAUGCUGAAUUGACAGAAUAAUGAUAGCUUAUUUAAAAUCUGAAAUGUAUAUUUAAAUGCUGUUUAUAAUUGAGACAUUGCCAGAUUUAGGGAAUACAUAGAAUAGUUGUUUGAGUAAAAUAAAAAGUUUAUUUACACAUUCUAACGAACAAGGUAAGGCUAAUUGACCCUUUGGAAUGACAAGGUGUCUAACAUUCAUUUUGUGUAAAUUUAUGACAAUGUUUCAUCAACUCAUUAUUCAGUUCUCUCUCCACCUUCAUUAGUGAUUGAUAUUAUACUAGUCAACAAAAACAUUGUAAUAAAAUUGCAACAUAACUGUGUUAACCUUCCCCCUAACUCAUUCUUUGUAAAACUGCUGCUGCAAGCAACCUCUGAAAACUACAGUAAAUUGGUAUCUGAUCAUGCCAUUCAAGCAUAUCAUGCAUUUUCAUGUCACUUACCUUUAGGCUUGUUUCUUCAGUCAUUUUAUAGGAGAAAAAAUAUUUUUACUUGCUUUUUUCUUCCAAAAGUGAACAAUUUACAUGGUAGAUAUUCCCUGCUUAAAUAUGUUAGGAUGAUAAGAUCUGAUUAAUGAAAACAAAUAGUUAUGCAAAUAUUUAACUUUACCAUUCCUUACAAGAAAAAUAAUUCAGUAAUAAGAAAAUUUAAGUCCAUUUUAAUUUCAAUAGAAUGAAUUUAGCUUAUGUAUCAUUUUUUCAUCAGGAAAUUUAACCCCAUGAUAUCUUUAUAAUAGUCUUGAUCCACAGGUGGCAUGUACUUCAACAUGUCAUUGAAAUCUUACUUAUUAUCUUUUGAUAGGAAUGAUUUAAUGUUAUUCGAAGUUUUUUGGUUUAAUUAACUGUCAUCCAAUUUUUUACAUUUAUUAAUUUCAGAAGUGAAAGUUGUGCCUAUUAAUCAUUUGAUACUCGGCAAAAUUUCAAGUUGACCUUUUCCACAGUGUUAUGAGUGAAGGAUGUUUGGUUUGAAAUAUGUGUCAGGUAUUUGUGUAAAUUCCUAUGCUGUUACUUGUGCAAACGGGAUAACUUGGAAAUUAAAUUUCUUCGACACCGAUCCGAAGUCAUAAAAAAUUGAAUUGCGGAGCUUUAUUGGUGGAAGUUAAUUUUUCCAAUCCAUACUUUUCAAUAAUAGAGUACAUAUCCAAUAGGGGAGAAGAGCUCAUUUUUAACCAUGGUUUUUUCAGUGGCACUGUAUGCACUAUCAACCUCCUGAAUACAUGAAUGUCCAGGCACCGAAUAAAACAUUGUCAUUUUAUUCACAUGAGGAUUUUAUUGAGGAAAUUCUUCAAAACAACACACGAAGUAAAAGAAUUUCGGUUCUGUGGAAUGUAUUAGCUUCUGCUCGUGGACAUUCUGCAGGUCAAAGCAAAGCACAGGAACAGACUUUUGUUUCCCGAGUUUAUCUCUCAGUUUUCUCAGUGAUUCAUUCUCUAUAAUAUGUUUACAUUACUUCCCCCUGCCCCCCACACACAAUUUUCAAUGAGUCUUUUGUAUGUUUUUGACACUUUGUAUUCUUCACAGAGGUCGCACCGAUCAGAUUUUCUCUCAUAGAAUCCUAAAUUGAAUUCUGACAAAAAUUUGCCUAUACAUACUUGACUGGUGUUUUAACUUCUUCUGAACACUUAACUUGAUAGAGAGAAUAUAUUUUAAAAAUAGACAAACAAAAUAUUGUAAAAUACUAUAGAUAAAUACGGACAUAAGUUCGGACAAGCCAAACAUGCUUUCUUUUAGGCAGAAAAAAACUAAUAUUUUCACCUUAAGGGUCGCCCUCGAAUAUGGGUCGCUUCAUAUAACUUCCUCCAGUAGAAUACAAGUGAAGGCUUUAUGGUUCACGGCUCACGUUAUUGCCACGUAAGAAAUGGCAUUGAUAUCCUUUGUCUUUCCCCUCUUCAUCCUUUAUGGCCAUUUCUACUCCCCAUUGCCUUAGCACUAUCUAACAAAAAGUACAAAGGAAAGGUGUUUGCCUUUCCAUCUAUUUAUAUUUUUGUGUAGCCUUCCCCAAGAGAGAAAAGUCAGCAGGCUAUUUCCUUGUAAAUUUUUUUUGUUGGUUUUUUCAAUAAAAACAAGCAUGCCUUUUAACAGCAGUUUUGUCAUGAAUUAAAUGUUACAGUAGAAACCUAGAAAGUGUAGGAAAUAUCACGCAAAAACAAUGUUCGGACACAGUUGCCUGACAAAAACCAGUCAAGAUAGGAAGGUGGUGAUUGAUUACGGUGAGUUCACAGACAUUUACAAUGAUGAGAGAGGCAGGGAGAACCAUAAACACUGCUGCAUGGCCACAUGCACGCACGCACUCCCUCCCCUCUUUCUCGCUCUGGCUGGUUUAUUUUUAUAUUCUCCCUCUUGCAGAGUGCCAGCCUGGUGCAGACAGCCACAUCACUUACUGAUGCCGGCUGGCUUAACAGUGCAGUUCAUGAUGCCUUACAUGCACUGCUGAGCUAUUUUAACUAAACAGUUUAUAUAUACUCAUGUCAUGACUGAUAUUAAAAACCAACACAGGCUAGUUAUUGAAGCACAUAGUCAUCAACCACAACAGUGCAAUGUUAUUUUUUUUUUUUACCCGAAAUGGAAAAUUCGCAUAUGGAUUACAAUACAUUUCAUUAAAAAAAAAUAAUUGGCAUAAAAUCUGCGCCCAUACGCGGGUAAAUACGGUACCUUUCAGUCGAGGAAUCAAAACUGCUUUCAACAUCUGCUAUUUUUGGAUUGUAUGGUGAACUGGAAUCUUCUAAUAAUUCAGCUAUACAAUAAUUAUUUGAAUCCAUUAUUAUUUAUUAUGAUCACUACACAAACAAUCAACCAGAACAGCAAUGCCUUUAAUGAUUCACGAAUAAUAACAAUAUCGAAGGCCAAAACUAUAGUUCUAAAAUCAAAACUAGAGCAUGUUCAUAUGACAAGGUUCCAAUUGAGCAUUUGGAACUGUCAUUCAUAACUGAAAUUCCUGUGUAGAAACACACAGUUCUAUCUGUCAAAUAGAACUUUGUUGUCCCAAGGAAUCAAACAAAGUGAUAUCAGUUGAAACUUUGGUGUUUCUGUAACUCCGCUAUUUCUCCACACAUUGCAGCAUGAGUACAUUCUACUUGCAGCAGAAGUCUGAUGGAACCUUGUCACACUCACAAAUCAUUUUCUUUGACUUGUCAUUCUAAUGGGUCAUAAUCACAAACAUGAGAGUGUUCUAGACAUUUGUACAGCAGUACACUUAACAGAUUUUAAUAUUUGUGAUAAUCUAUGGAAAUAAGCUGGUUAGUAUGUCUUGUCUCUCAUGUAAUGUUACCAAAGAAUUUGCCCCCGCCUGCCUACCCUGUCAUUGUCCAUGCCCAUCAUAGCAGUCACCUCCUCCAGUCAUAAGGCCUAGUGUGCAUAUGAUAACAGGUUAUCCACAUCUCUAAAGUUAGGGGAAGUUACUUUAAAACUGCAGUGAUAGAAAUUUAAGAGAGAAAUGUCAAGCCCCAGUAUGCCAUCACCCAGAAUUUGAACACUUUUUUUCAGAUGGUAUUGUAGUGCAUACACACUAUAAAAUGACCUAUGCAAUGUUCUAUUUGAACUAGUACAGCUAUAGGAAUAAUGGAGGCUGGAUUGUCUUCAUUUCUUUCAAAAAACUGCAAACUAGGUAAAGUUUUUUUAAAAAUUGGUCAGGGAAAUACCAUGGAACAUCAUGGAAAAGUCUAGGAAAUUUUAAAUUUUCUGCAGAUUUGUGUGAACACCCUGGGUAACAGAGAAGAUUGACCUCACGAACGUGUGCAAUUUCUGCUUUUCAAAACAUCUUAGUUGAAAACUACAUGCUCUGCCUCCAAACAGCAUCUCUCAGCUCCUUCAGACUGCAGCCCACACGGAAGAUGUGGUUGUUUGUUGCCCGGCCCACUUGCUGCUGUGUGAAUAGAAACAUAAACAAAUAUGCCACUGUCAAAGUUGUGGCCCUUUGCUUUUGUUGUUACUUUUGACUUUCAUUUAUAGCUGCAGCAAAAAUUAACUAUAUUGGUAAAUGCUGCUGUUAUUCCUUGUUCUACUCUUUUUUUUUUUAAUUUGCAGAGGACUGGAAAAGAGACAGAGCUUGAGUUGGAGGAGGGGGGGGGUGUGAAGGGAUGUUGUGGACGGACUAUUGGUCCCUGAAGGAAGGAGAGCAAUGCGUGGCAUGUGGAGCACCAGACCAAGUCUGAUACCACCACCUGGCCAAUCCUACAGAAUGGAGUAGCCAAGCACUUCACUAAGUUUGGGCAAAGUCAUUAAGUACAAAAAAUUUGAGAGCAGUUGAAGCAUCUGCCAUUUUUUUUUUACUUCCGUGCGUUUACUCCGUUUUCAAUCAAAAUGUAUGUGUACUUCUUUGUGAUGCUGUUUGUAACAUUUAAUCUCUUAAUAAGUUGUGUCACGCUUUUAUGGUUAAUAACUUUCCACCUUCUCUUCAUGACAUUGUUUCUGCAAGUGUAUUUUUGGCCAUGACAGAUCAUUGGAUACUGAUUUGUAACUGUACACAAUUGAUUGUAACUGUACACAAUUGAUUGUAACUGUACACAAUUGAUUGUAACUGUACACAAUUGGAUAUUUCCCAAUUUUUUAUCUCAAAUUUGUUUGUUCCUAAAUUUAUUGUUUUAUAAGGUUAUGAAUGUGAUAUACUAAGCAGGCAUCAUUAUUUUUUGUGUGGGCAUUGAGUUAAUAUUAAUUUUUAUAAACUGAUCAAGACUUGUAACCAUUGAACUGAACUACUAUUGUUAAAAAUAUUGAUCUUUGAACCAGUUAUGUUUGCAUAUUCCUUUACUUCAAUAAGUUAAUGAUGUUUAUGUGUAUGGUUGUAGAAAUACACAUAAGUUUCUGAGGAGAAUACAAAAUUUAGACCCUUUCUUAAGAAAGAUUUGUGUUUGUAGGUGAAAUGUCAAAUACGUAGUUUAAACUUAUCAAAACUUCAUGACUGAUAAAUUCUCAAGAGAUUGUACUGUAAUUGACAGAUGGUUGGACUGGAGAUUGAGAGAACAAGGCCCACUUGCAGUCAGAAAAGGAACUUCCAGGUUAGUCAGACUUAGCUUUCCUUUCCUUGCCUAAGUCACGUCCGUGCAAGUGGGCCAUUGGAUAUGAAUUGUAGUGUGGCCACUGUGGGUGUUAGUUCCAAGACAGAGAGGCAUUCUGUACAUGUUACACUGAGUGUUAAUGUUUUAUUUUUAAUAUAUUUUUGUUGGAUUCAUUUUGAUAUUUGUGAAAAUAGUAUGUGGUGUUCAAAGCAGAGUGAUUAAAAUGAUUACUUAUUGUUUGAUAAAUGUUGUUCAUUGUUUGUUCUCCACCUCGGGAAUCAACUGACCCUAAUCGCUGCACCAUCCCACAGAGCAGCGGUUCCCAAUUUUUUUCGGCCAGGGAACCCUAUGAUCGAUUUUCUUUUGGUGGAACCCAACUCCUGCCUGCUUUAUACGACAUACGUCCUGACUUGCAAAACCCCUGCCUUAGAGAACAAAUAGUGGCCUCUCAGGGGACAUGAUACUGUAGUUAGUCCACCCUGUAAGCAGUUCAAAGUGUGGACAAGUGUCUUUCCAUGUUAAGACAUGGAAACUGGUCUAACUGGCUGAACAGUCUUGUCCCCUCUAUUCGCAAGACAUUUUAAUUUAACAAAGCCAAACAUUUUCAGAGAUAAUUUCCUCAUGCGACUAUGAACUGAAGUGACGCUUUAAAAAAAAUUGUAAGUUAGCAAAAGACUGCUGGAUAUUAAGUACCAUUUUACUGACUACUAGCACCAGUACUUUUUAUUCAGAGACUUUCUCAUUACUUUUAGAACUUCCAUGACCAGUUGACUCCCCAGUUUCAAGUCUUAUUGCCAUCACUUUUCAUGGCUUCUUACAAUAAGGUUGAAAAAUAUUUUAUAGACACGUAAAUACAUCUCAGAAUAAAAGCACAACAUAAAAUAACAAAAUAACUUAAAGUGAAAAAGUAAAGCAUAAACACAGAUGUUUGCCUGACCCAACAUGGUGUGUAUGCGGCAAUGCAUUUAGGAUGUGCCCUGUGUGAUUAUCAGCAACAGCUAGCCAUAUGUGAGGAAAUAAAGAUAUGAGAUAAGCCAGUAUGAGACUGUUGACAACCAAGUAUCUCUACUAGCAAGGGUAGAUAUGGGCGAGUGUAGAAAAAAGAUGCUGCCUUCAACAUAUAGUUGUAUAUGUUGUACUUCUUGUAUAUAUAUUGCAGUAGUAGUGUUACCAUAUGCAAUGAUAAAGGUUUUAAUUUUUUUUUAAGUUCUUCUUUAGGCGCGUUAUGGAAAAAUGAUGCUUUUCACAGGAAGAUGACAGACCCACAUGUAUGAACAUAAACCCGUACAUGGUCCCUUUCAUAUAGGUAAAUCAGGGGACAUACCAAGUGUAUUGAUGUGCCAAAUGAAACUUUAUGAUAGUGAAACUACCCUGGAAUAUAUUUGGUAAACUAAAAAAAAGUUAUAGUAAGAGUAAUUUCAAGUUUUAAACCUAAGGAUACUGGUAUCAAAACAAUUAUUACGUUGUUACGAUUUACAGGGUUCGUAAAGGAUAGCCCAAUUAAAGAUUUUAUUACACACACAGUUUGAUUUAUUGCCACUACUUAUGUCACUUACAAUUAAUCUUCUAAAAUGGCAAAUAAUCAAUUGCAAUCAAAAAUGUUGCUCGUUUUUACACACCGCACACAUCGCUGGGCCGCACCUCUGGCGCAACUCUCGCCGCAGCACCCCUCGUGGGCCUCCGUCGCCACACUCCGUCGCCGCCGACGCACUUCCCCUCCACCGAGAUCCCACUCAACGCCUCGCUCGGAACUCCGCCGCGCCCGCGACACUAUCGCCCGUAACUGAACUCUCUCUCUCCGGAACCUUCGUCCAGGGACUUCGCCGCUCUAUCGCCCGGAAACUCCGCCGCGGGAAAACUCCCGACUUCACUGAACUUACUCACUUCCUGCCCUGGAACCUUGGUCCAAGGACUUCACCACUCUGCCGCACCCGCGGCACUAACGCCCCGGAAACUCCGCCGCUCUCCCGACUGAACUCCGACUGACUGACACUCUCAGGCCGGCGUCCUUGUCUUAUAUAUCACAGACGCCAUUUCUAGAAUGCACGAGCGCGGCUGGGGCCUGUUGUGUCAUUCCGCGCCGACCCGACGGCAGAAAUCUCUCGAAACACGUGUCGGCGGCUGCCAGGUGGCGAGCGGGACUCCCCAGCUGAGAGGUUUAAGGUGUCUAUCAGCGCCGCGCGGGGGGGGGGGGGGGGGGGGGGGGCGCUUAUAGCUUUUAGUAUUGCAUGUAUUUCACUCUUUAAGUAUAAAUUUUGCAUUAUUGUUUUCUUAAAAACCAAGCAAUUCAUUGCAGUGCAUCAAAUCCUGUUGUAACUCUCUAUUUUGGUAAUUAUGGAGUGGAGGGCCACAAGAUAAAAACGUGUAAACAAAUUUUAACUUCGUUACAUAUUUCUGAUCAUUCUGCAAAAAGGCAUUGCGAUAUUUCCAGUAAUUUGCAUGUUAUUACUUUUUUAACUAGUCCAUUUGAUAUAGUGAUGAAUUGGGUGAAAGGUUGGUUGGGUUAAGUAAGCUACAUAAAAAAAAUAUUUUGAAAUUGUAUGGAUGGUUUAUUAAGGUAGGUUAGUUACAAUUAAAAAUCCUUUAAAAUGUGUGGAUGGUUGGUUUUCACAUUUUUAUCUUUAUUUGUGGUACCUCUCUGUCUUCCAUAUUUACCUCCACUUUCCCAUACAGUAUCCAUUUGGGUUUAAAGUUGUAGUUAAUAUAUUGUUACGAUCGCGCUUGGCUGCAGUGCUUGGCAUCGCCGCACUCGUUCGGCCUGUCUGCGCCCCCUUCCACCUGCAUCCUCUCCCUGGUAUCUCGUGUCAUACUGUCUCGCAACAUCCUGACCGUCGCAGCGCGCACCUGCCUCAGAUCGAGUUACUUAAAAGAGGCCGCACUGCGGAAUAAAAGGAUUCAGACAUGUUUAUCGGCGCGUUUUGUGGGAACCCGAUGCUUGUUGCGUUUAUCGGCGUUCUUUGAGCAGCCGCCGCGUCCUUCGAGGACUCACGACGCGUUUCUGGGCAUUUCGACGGCGAAGGUAGCGCGAUAUCUCGGAGACAUGCCCGAUUGUUCUGGGCGGGAACCCAAGGGCUAUAUAAGGAGGUUGGGCCGACCUUCGAGCAGCAGUUCAGUGGGGAGUUCUCCCGCUGCACACAUCGUUGGACAUUCGCUAUCCCAAUUCACCAGAUCGUAACUAGUUCCUGUAACACCCCUCGUGCCCCAAAAUUAGAUUAUUUUAAUUUAAUAAAAAAAAUCCUAGGAAACAGCUGGGCAAAAAUAUAAAGAAAAAUACAAGUAUUACCAGAGGUGGCAAGAGGAGGUGAACAAGGCAAUUUUAUACUCCCUGCACACACGCAACUUGGGAGCUAGAGGAUCGUUUAAAUAGAUAUAGGUUAAUAAGAAAUAAAUAAACCACUACAUAAGUAGAUUGGUGUUUAGGUUUCCUGGUUUAUUUAAAAAGAAUUAAAUUAAAUCUGUUUGCCAUUUGUUUUGGAUUCUUUAAGUUUCACAAUGAAGGGUAUUAACAAGAUAUUAAAUGUUAUUAAAAGGGGGCCGGCCCAAUAUUAUUAAAAUAAGUUAUACUAUACUUUUAACAACAGAUCAAUCACAGAAACAAAAAUUUGAAGUAUCCUUCCUGACAUAUUAAAGCAUGCUAGAUUCAACCACUUAUUACAGUGAUUAUCGUUUCAUCCAAACAUUUUCACAUAUUCUUGUUGUUUAAGUUCCUUAUGCCACUGCUCGCUGUUAUUCAUUAAGAUAAGUUCAUUCGUUGGUUGUAAGGGAGAAGUUAUAUUUUAAAUAUCACCCGGGGCUUCAAAGUUGGACGUCUGGCCGGGAUAAAGGUCUUCUUAAAGAGACUCGAAGCUCGAGGUCCUAGACAACAUGAUGGGUGCAAUUUCGGCGCCCAAAUGUUGGACCCUGUCUGAAACACAAGUCAAAUUCAGACGAAUUAGACCUGCUUCCAGACAGUCAAACACAGUUGGCGCUAAAAGGCCAACAAACGGGAAUUUGGGGAGGAAAAGAGACUGAAGUACUCACCAAACAGGGUGUAGCUCCUGGACUCAUGAAUAGUCUCGGGCAGAACUCCAAAAGGCACGGACCGAGAAUAGCACGGAGGACGCGGAAGAAACCAUGAUUUAGGAAAACAAAAACAAAAAAAUAGUACAAUUUAAACUAAGACAUAACUUGUUGCCUAAUGGAAAUGACGACUGACAGGCUACUGCUACAUUUUGAAACUGGGAUCACAUCCCUUAACACUGCUGACUACAUUCCUUAUUCGAAAGAGUUUGUCGUUGCCGCGAAAAAGCAUCUCGACAGAGGAGACGCAGAGAUGACGGGGUAAGUAGCCGAAGUCUAAGUGCCGCAAUGGCGGACAAUGCUCCUAAUUAAAACGGUCGCUCGGCCCUAGGGAAAAGAGGGGGACGGUUCGGCUCUGGGCCGAGAACUUCCGGAGGUGACCGAGGUGGGCGUAACAACAACACAUCAGUUGGUGUGCCGAAGGACGACCACUGCGCUCUCUACCAGCGGGCACGGAAAGCAACAUACAAUCGACUUUUACUGGACGCGAGUGGAAAGCAUAGGGCCUUAUGGCGCAGCCGGUGCUGCUCUCUGGAGGCCUAAAGGGGAAGGAAAGAAGGAGGUUAGCAAAUUCGCCACUAGACGUCGUGGGUGGUCCAUAUCAGCACAUAUUUUUUCUGUGGCAAAUCGUCCUUGAAGUAGGCCACUGCCUGGCGAUUUCACGUCCGGGCAAUGAUCCUGGGCCAAAUUCUGAGAACCUACGGGGGGAGCUGGGGGGUGAGGGUGGACAAUAAAAUGCAACGAGGCUGGGACAGAAGGUCCACGGGAUACUCGUUCGUGCCGAGACUCGGUCUCAGCGGGCCUCUAAGAAAUAGAGCUUGCAAACUAGAAGCUGCUCUAUGCAAAUUUAGUCAUGUAGGGAAAUAAUAUUACAGACCCCGGACGUGAUGGCAAGCGGGAGAAAUGUCAUCCGGGCUGCUAACGUCUUCAAUAGACUUGCGAAAGAUUGGAUUGGUCCCUGAGAAAAUGUCCCUCGGGCCACUGCCACAAAGUUUAACUAAGUAGAGUACACCAGCCUAACAAAGUGUAAAUCACCCUUUUGUAACCAAUAAAUAUGAAAAACAAGAUUUCCAAAAAUAAUUUAAAAGUAUAAUAAAAAUAA